AUGAGUCGGAUCCUGGACUCGGACACCAAACGAGGAGCCAGAGCCCCACGGGCUCAGCCGGGAGUGGCUCUGGGAGCCGACUCGGCCACUCCAGUCCAGCCCAGCCGCAAGAUGUCCUGCGAGAAAACCGUGUGCGGUGAGCCCUGCCCCGAUCCGCGCGCCGCCGCCUGCAAUGAGCCCUGCGUGGUGGCCUGUCCCGACUCGCGGGUCAUCAUCUUCCCACCACCCGUGGUUGUCACCUUCCCGGGGCCCAUCCUCACCACAUACCCGCAGGAGACCGUGGUGGGCUCCACUGAGUCGGCCGAGCUGGCCGGGGCACUGGAGGCGGGUGUGCCCAUCGGGACGGGCCAGAAGGGCCUGGAGUGCCUGGAGUCCUGCUGCGUGCCACAGUUCGUGGCCAAGUGUGACCCCCCGUGUGUCACCCAAUGUGCCCCGCCCUGUCCCCCGCCCUGUCCCCCGCCCUGUGCCCCACCCUGUGCCCCACCCUGUCCUCCGCCCUGUCCUCCACCCUGUGCCCCGCCCUGUCCCCCACCUUGUGCCACCAAGUGCGCCCCACCGUGCCCCGCGCCCUGCGCCGCACCCUGUGCCACCACCUCCUGUGCCACCAAGUGCGUGACCAAGUGCGUCCCCACCUGCGCCACGCCCUGCGCCACGCCCUGUGCCACGCCCUGUGCCACCAAGUGCGUCCCUGAGCGCUCCUACACCUUCUCCACCCGCUGGAAGCACCCGUGCCAGAGGGGUCUCUGCAAGAAGAUCUGA